CGUAGCAUUACACGACACUCCUCCCUCCUCUUCCCUCUUUCUCCAACGCCAUUUUGUUUUUUGUUUUUUGAAGUCUCUCGAUCUGUGCAAAGCUCCGGGUUUUCCUGUCUAGGGUUUUUGCCUUCAUUUAGUUCCUGCAAUCCUCGAAAUCUAUAGUAACAUUCAUUGCGAGUAAGCGGAGAUGAAGUUGACUGUGAAGACAUUGAAAGGCAGUCACUUUGAAAUCCGUGUUCAGCCAAGCGACAUGAUCAUGGCUGUAAAGAAGAAUAUUGAAGAUGUACAGGGAAAGGACAGCUAUCCAUGUGGGCAACAAUUAUUGAUUCAUAAUGGAAAGGUGUUGAAAGAUGAUACUACUCUGGAAGAGAACAAAGUCAGUGAAGAUGGUUUUCUUGUUGUCAUGCUUAGCAAGAGCAAAACCUUGGGAUCAACGGGGGCCUCAUCUGCUCAGGCACCAACAACUGCAGCAGCAGCUGCACCAACAAAUGCAGCAGCACCUGCACCAACAACUGCAGCAUCUUCUGUUCCCACUGCUGCAGCUGAUGCUACUUCACAAGCACCGGUGCCUAUUGAUGAUGCCUAUGGUCAAGCUGCAUCCAAUUUAGUUGCUGGUAGUAAUCUUGAGCAGACUAUUCAACAAAUAAUGGAUAUGGGUGGUGGUAACUGGGAUAAGGAGACUGUUACACUUGCUCUUCGUGCAGCGUACAACAAUCCAGAGCGUGCCAUUGAUUAUUUAUAUUCUGGUAUUCCAGAAACUGCAGAGAUUGCUGUUCCUGUAGCUCGUCUUCCUUUGAAUCCAGCAUCUGGUGGUGCUAACCCCACUAAUCCAACAAGUGUAGCAAGAACUGCACCUGUUGCCGGAGGGCCUAAUUCUUCUCCUCUGAAUUUGUUUCCACAGGAGGCUCUCAAUUCUGGUGCUGCUGGGGAUGGAUCCCUUGAUUUCCUCAGAAAUAACCAACAGUUCCAAGCAUUGCGUUCAAUGGUGCAGUCAAAUCCACAAAUUCUACAGCCAAUGCUUCAGGAGCUGAGCAAGCAAAAUCCCCAACUUCUUAGAUUGAUCCAGGAGCAUCAUGCAGAGUUUCUUCAAUUAAUAAAUGAACCUCUUGAAGAAGGUGCUGAAGGGGAUCUGUUUGAGUCAGCUGAGCAAGACAUGCCCCAUGCAAUUAGUGUUACACCAGCAGAGCAGCAGAUUCUUGAACGUCUUGAAGCUAUGGGUUUUGACAGAGCCCUUGUCAUCGAGGCUUUUUUGGCAUGUGACCGUAAUGAGGAAUUGGCAGUCAACUACUUGCUGGAGAAUGCUGGGGAUUAUGAAGAUUAAGUGGUCUCAGUUAAUGUCUGGAGGGUGCUUAUAUAUACCUGAAGUUGUCCGGAGUUGUUUUUCAUGAGAGCGGCACAACUUCCCAUUCAAUUUGACGGUUGGACAUGGAAUUACUAAUCAGUUUGAAUGGUGAAUUCAAGUUCCUACGUACUCAUCCAUGAGCACAAUGGUUUGUCUUGGGCAGAAGGAAGAGCUUGUCUGAAUGCAGCUCUAAGUGCUAUCUAUGAGUUUGAUUUGUGUCGAUUCAUUGCAAUUAUUUUUGAACGUGCAAACCAUGACAAGCAAAUUUCUAUCAAACAACUCUUAUACAUGCAUGAAUUUGUGUGUA